GUGCGCAGGGUGACGGUUGGUGGCCAUGUCGUCCCGCAGGUCGAGGUCGGGGUCGGGGCCGGUGGAGCGGCGUCUCUAUCGCGUGUCGGAGCCGCGGCAACACCCGCUCGGCUUCACACAGUACCGGGUCACCGCCACGAUCAUUUCAAAGAAGACAGCAGAUGUCAAAGAGGUGACGGUGUACAAACGCUACAGCGACUUCAAAAAGCUUCACGGAGAGCUCUCCUACAUCCACAGGAACCUGUUCAGGAAACUGGAAGAGUUCCCGGCCUUCCCAAAGGCUCAAGUGUUUGGGCGCUUUGACGAGGCGGUCAUCGAGGAGAGGCGACACUCUGCCGAGGAGAUGCUGCAGUUCACCGUCAACAUCCCAGCUCUGCACAACAGCCCGCAGCUCAAAGACUUCUUCAAGGACGGAGAGGCGUGCUGGCCGUUGGACCUCGCAGCUCCCGAGAACGUCUCCGCCCUUCCGGAGCCGCUGAUCCCGCUGCCGCCCGCGCGCUGGGAGACGCCCGGAUCGUGCGCCCGGACGCCAGACUCGCAGCGCCGGGACGGGGCCCCGAGAGAGACGGACGUGAGUGCGGACGGUGGAGAGGACGCCCAGGCCGAGACCGUGACCCCCAGCCCAACCUGUCGGGGAUCGCACGUCCAUUCCAUCGCAGAUGAGGCGCUGCCCGAUCGGGGAGAUACGGCAGCGGAGGGGGGAGCACCUUCGCCCGUGGACCUGGGCGGCGACACAGAGGAGGACGAGAGGGGGCCCGAGGUCGGUUCCGCCCUGCCCGACAGCGAGCUGGCGCUGUUCGACCCGUGCGCCAAGGAGGGGUCGGGGGCGGUGAGCGCGGGGCGGAGUAACCUGGAGGCUCUCUCGGAGGCGGAGGCGGAGGGGAGGGGGAGCCGGGACCCUGGGGACCUGGCCGGCCGCCUCCUCACCCUGAGGGUGGGGGCGGAGGAGGGCGAGACUCCCCCCGGAGACGGGGACGGCGACACGGACGGCUACCUCAGCGCCGCCGCCCAGCGGAUCAAGGAGGCGCUGGGGCGGGAGAGAGCCGGGGAGUACGGGCCAGCGUUCACCUGCUACCGCAGCGGUGUCGACAUCCUGCUGGCCGGCCUGCAAGGGGAGCCGAGUGCCGAGAGGCAAGACGCCAUUAAGAAGCGCACGGCAGAGUACAUGAAGCACGCCGAGGCCAUCUUCGCCCUGCACCUGAAGGACACGGCGGUGGAGUCCGCACGUCCCCCCUCAUGACCACGGUGGGAGCUCUGACCCGAUGCCAGGACCAAAGACCCUCUCCCCUCACCCACCCCCAUGUGUUCCCGGGAGGGGCCGCAGCCAGGAGCUUCACCCCGACGCCAUCUCCCAGCUCGUCCAAAGUCUUCCGCACUCGGACCUUCGCUGACCGACGCUCCCGCCGCGGCGACACCGUUAAACCGACCGACCGACUGGCCGGCCCCUACAACUGGGCGGCAGAACACGCUGGCACAGCGGGUAGAGUUGCUGCCUCACAGCGCCAGAGACCCCGGUUCGAUCCCGACUACGCUACGGGUGCUGUCUGUACGGCGCGACCUGUGUGGGCUUUCUCCAGCAGCUCCGGUUUCCACCCACUCUCCUAAGGGUUUGUAGGUUGCUUGUCCCUCUGUAAAUUGCUCCCCUUUGUGUGCAGGGGAGCGGUUGAGAAGGUGGGAUAACAUAGAAGUGUGUACGGGUGAUGGCAGAUCGGUGGGACAAAGGACCUGCUUCCAUGCUGUGUCUCCAAACUAAACUAAAAACCUAAUCAUCUUAAUUUCAUAAAAUAGUAUCGACUCUUCUGGGCAGCAUGGUGGGCCAGCUGAUAGAGAACAGCGCUGGAGAAUUUGAUCCUGACCUCUGGUGCUGUCUGUCUGUCUCCCUCUCUGUCUGUCUGUGUGUGUGUGUGGAGUUUGCAUGUUCUCCCUGUGUGACCACGUGGGUUUCCCCCGGGUGCUCCGGGUUCCUACCGCACUCCAAAAACAUACAGGUUUGUAGGUUACUUGGCCCUCUGUAAAUUGUCCCCCCCCCCCUUGUGUGUAGGGAGUGGAUGAGAACUAGUGGGUGACCAAUGGCCGCUGCGGACCGAAGGGCCUGUUUCCGUCUCUAAACUAAACUAAACAUUGAUCUAUACACAGUGGCCUUCACUGCUAUAAACACCAAUGUUAUGGGUUUCUGGUGUGAGUUUAUGUUCAUGAUACGAGCAGAAUUAGGCCGUUCGCCCAAUCCCGUCUACUACCCAAUUCAAUCAUGGCUGAUCUAUCUAUCUCUCCCUCUCAACCCUAUUCUCCUGCCUUCUCCCCGUAACCCCUGACACCCCUGAUGCUAAACAAGAAUCUGUCAACUUCUGCCUUAAGAAUAUCCAUUCAUCUGGCCUCCACCGCCGUCUGUGGCAAUGCACUGCACUGCACAGAUUCACUACCCACUGACUAAUGAAAUCCCCUCUCGUCUCCUUCUCUAAAGGUACGUCCUUGUAUUCUGAGGCUGUGCCCUCCUCCGGUCCUAGACUCUCCCACAAGGAAACAUCCUCUCCACAACCACUCCAUCCAGGCCUUUCACUAUUUGGUCGGUUUCAACGAGGUCUCCCCUCGUCCUUGUAAACCCCAGCAAGUACACGGUGCCAGUGCCGUCAAACAGAUGAAUCGACCCCCUAGUGUGUGGAGAGUGGAAGAGAAAGUGUGAAUGGGUGAUCGAUACUUGAUGUGGGCUGAUGUGGAUCUGGAUGUAGUACGCUGAAAAGCUCGAGGUAGGCGCAGACAGCGGUGGGAGAGAGAGAGAGAGCGGCAAGGGAGAGAGAGCGGCUGCCGUACAGAUACAUAAUAAAUGGUCCUGAAAGAAGAAAGGAAAAGGAGGAGCAAGAUGGCUGAGGGAGAGCUGAGAAGGGGAGGAGACAGCAAGGGCUACCGGAAAUUGGAUAAGCCAAUGUUUAAGCCGCUAGGGUGCAGACUGCUCAAGCGGGAUAUGAGGUGCUGCUCCUCCAAUUUCUGGUGGUCCUCACUCUGGCCAUGGAGGAGGGCCCAGGACAGAAAGGUUGGAUUCGGAAUGGGAGGGGGAGUUGAAGUGCUGAGCCACCGGGAGAUUAGGUUGGUUAUUGCGAACCGAGCAGAGGUGUUGGGCGAAACGAUCGCCAAGCCUACGCUUGGUCUCACCGAUGUAGAGCAGCCGACACCUAGAGCAGCGGAUGCAAUAGAUGAGGUUGGAGGAGACGCAGGUGAACCUCUGCUGCACCUGGAACGACUGCUUGGGUCCUUGAAUGGAGUCGAGGGGGGAGGAUCUCUUGCAGUUGCAAGGGAAAGUGCCCGGGGAGGGGGUGGGAAGGGUGUCAAGGGAUGAAACUCAGGUGUUACUUACCUGAGUACUGUGUGUGUGUUUAUACUGUGUCUGACAACGUAAGUGGGGCCAUAGUGGUCUUCAGUGCAGGGUGCUUAUAUUAUGCACAGUGGGUGGCUGGUUAACUACUGCCUAUACACACAGCAAGCUGCUGGCACAGCAGGUGGGAGAGAGAGAGAGAGAGAAGCGAGAGAGAGAGAGUGGCUGCCAUACAGAUACAUAAUAAAUGGUUGUGAAUAUACUUUUUUAUUUCCCCCAAAUUAUCCCGCGGGCCGAUUGGACCCGCAUACGCGAGCUGUUAGUUUGACACCCCUGGUCUCGAGAGACAGCAUGUAAACAGGGCCCUUCAGCCCACCCGAGUCCGUGCCGACCAUCGAUCACCAGUUCCAUAUUAUCCCAUUUUCUAAUCCACUCCCCCUGCACUCCAGAGGGGAAAUUACAGAAGCCAAUUGACCUAUAUGAAAAAGCUACUUUUCUUAACUACUAAACCAGGUUCGCUUCUUAAUAAACAGACACCACACAAACUGUUUGGUAGACCAGUUCAAAACUUUACUUAACAUCGGCCGAUGGAAGGGAGCGAGAAUUCCAGCUAAGUGACCAAUGUAGACACUCGACUGUCCUCGGUCCCCUUCUCUGAACAACAGAAUUACAUUGCCUUAAAUAGGGUUUUUUUUUGUCCCCUUAGCACAUUCCACAGACAUUAGUCAUGGUCAGAGGUACAGGAAAAGGUUUCCACAGAAUGCAUCACAUCAAAGGCAUUUUGUUUACAUGGUACAAGAUAUACUAAAAACAUUGGCCAUUUGCUUUAGGUCAUUUUAUCUCCAAAGAGAUCACCCUAGCUUUUUCGCUGCUUCCUCUCUGUCACUUGGUCCCUCAUAAACAUUGGCCAUUUGGUUUAUGGCAUCUUAUCAUCAAAGAGAUCUCUCUAGCUUCUCCUCUCUGCUUGUCACUUGGGAGACAAAGUUAUGGGAUUUAUUAUCUCACACCCCGCAACCUGAGGCAAACCUAAUUUGAGACUAAAUAUAAGAUGUAAGCUAGCCCAGAAGCCAAUUUAAUAUCUUCUUAUAUUUUUAACUAAAAUACGGCUUCAUCAUAUACACCCGCACGUCUUUGGAGUGUGGGAGGGAACCGGAGCGCCCGGAGAAAACCCGCGCAGUCACAGGGAGAACGUGCAAACUCCGUACAGACAGAACCCGAACAUCUCUCCGCCCCGUCUCCCUCCCGCCACCCCCCACCCAUCUCCCUGGACCCCACCCAUCUCACUGGGUGGGAGGAAGGGAGGAGAUGGUGGGGGAAA